AUGGAUAAUAAUGAAGAAGAAAUGAAUAGGCCGGAGAAAAGGACGAAGAAAACGAGUCAGGGUCGCAAAAAGAUCGAGAUAAAAAAGAUCGCAAACCCAAGCAACCGCCAGGUCACGUUCUCGAAGCGGCGCGUGGGGCUCUUCAAGAAGGCGAGCGAGUUGUGCAUCCUCAGCGGCGCCGAGAUCGCAAUCAUCGUCCACUCUCUUGGAAAGCGCGUGUUCACCUUCGGCCACCCCACGCCCGACGCCGUCAUCGACCGCUUCCUCGGCGGCGACGGCGGCGGUGGGGCCCACGCGCCGCCGUGCGCGGCCGUUGACUACAAUCGGCACUACGCGGGCGUUUGCCGGGAGCUGGAGGCGGAGAAGCGGCGGGGGGAGGCGGCACGCGGCGGCGCCGGCGCCGGCGUCGAAGGCGUGAUGUGGUGGAACGAGGCGGUGGAAGGGCUGGAUCUGGAGGAGCUCGAGCGGUACGCGGCGGCCCUGGACGAACUCAUAAAAAACGUGACGAUGAAGGCGAAUGAUUUCAUGGUGAUGCAGAGCUCCACAUCCCUAUUGCCGCCGGAGGUCGACCAGAUGAUGCUCGUUAAUAAUAUUCAAAUGGGCGCCGGCGUUUUUGAUAAUUACGAGAGCUUUGUCAAUCUACCAAACGCCGGCGGCUUCGGGCAGAUCUGA